AAGCAGAGGCGCAAAGAGAGAAGCAGGGGAGGACUCGGAGGCUGAGCCGUAAAGGGCGGGGGGGGGGGAUUAGAACCAGAGUCUCCUCAGGAAGAUCAGAGCCCCCCCCGCCCCAUUGGAGCCGAGCAUCAGCCGCUCCCUCCUCCGACACCCCCUCCCCGCAGCCCGGGAACCAAGUAAUCCCCAUCGAUGAGGAGGAGGAGGAAGAGAAGACAAAAGGGGAUUUCAGCUCUAAAGUGACAGCAAGGGAAAGGAGAAGCCGCAGCCGAGGGAGAGAGAAGCUGAGGCAGAGCAGAGCGGCAGGUCCCCCCAGGCACCCACCCGGCGGCAGGGCCCCAGGAAGGGGGAACCCACCCCACACACACGCGCCCUCCAGCUGUUGGCUUGCUCUCUUCUGCCUUUGAUGCCAUGGGUAACAGCUUCUCCAGCAUCCCUGCACUGCCCAGAGGCCACCAGAGCAGAUUCCACAGGGUCCACCACCAGCACCUGAAAGACUCUAUAGGUGGACCCUUCCCGGCUUCCUCUCACCGAUGCCACCACAAGCAGAAGCAUUGUCUUCCCAUCACGCACUGCGGAGCUUUGUCAAUCAGCCCGCUACUUUUCCAUCCCCAUGCCAAGGGGUCCCAGAUCAUCAUGGACACGGCACAGAAGGCAGUGAAGCGGCAAGCCAGCUUCUGCAAUGCCAUUACCUUCAGCAACAGGCCUAUCGUGAUCUACGAGCAAGUCAGGUUAAAGAUAACAAAGAAGCAGUGUUGCUGGAGUGGGGCUCUCCGACUCGGAUUUACUUCCAAGGAUCCCUCCCGGAUUAAUCCUGACACAUUGCCAAAGUAUGCUUGCCCGGACUUGGUUUCCCAGAGUGGAUUCUGGGCCAAGGCCCUUCCAGAAGAGUUUGCAAAUGAAGGAAACAUCAUAGCAUUCUGGGUGGACAAAAAGGGCCGGGUGUUUUAUCGGGUCAAUGACUCUGCUGCAAUGUUGUUCUUCAGUGGGGUGAGGAUCACGGAACCCCUGUGGGCUUUGAUUGACGUAUACGGACUCACCCGUGGGGUGCAGCUAUUAGACAGUGAAAUUAUUCCUCCCGACUGCCUGCGUCCGAGAUCUUUCACUGCAAUUCGCCGGCCCUCGCUGCGCAGGGAGACAGAGGAUACCCGGCUGUCCGUGAGCCUCUGCGACCUCAACCUCCAGGAAGAGAACUUCCAUGUGCUGGCCACCAUGUGUCCCAUCCCUCAGAACUCCCUCAAUUCUCAGCAUUCCCAUCUCUUCCCAUCCCAGCUCGAAAGUGACCUCCGCUUCCACCAGCUCAGGGGAGCCCAUAUCAAAAUCCUGGACGACCAAACUGUGGCCCGGCUGGAACAUGCCCGGGAAGAGAGGACUUUGGUUUUCACCAGCAGACCCCUUAGAAUCAAUGAAACCAUUUUUGUCAAAAUUAACAAAUCAAAUGCCUCCCGUUCCGGCACAUUGUCAUACGGAGUGACCUCUUGUGACCCUAGUACUCUGAGGCCCAGUGACCUUCCUUAUAACCCAGAAUCAUUGGUUGACAGGAAGGAAUUCUGGGCAGUCUGUAGAAUCUUGGUGCCCCUCCAGAGUGGAGACAUCUUGGGGUUUAUGGUGAAUUCGGAAGGCGAACUGCAUUUGAGCCAUAAUGGUGCCAGCGCCGGCAUGCAGGUCUGCGUGGACUGUUCCCAGCCCCUCUGGAUGUUCUUUGGUUUACAUGGAGCAGUUAUGCAAAUUCGAGUAUUGGGUUCCACCAUACUGGCUGAGCGACUGGGCCCAUCUACACCGAGCUCUCCCACUUCAGCCCCAAAUUCCCCCACGGGUCUCUGCAGUGGGGUUUCUGAUCCAAUACUGAGUACGUGUGGCUCCAGUCUGCUCUGCAGCUCCAUCAAUGGCACAGCUCCAAACUCCCCGGUCAGCAUGCCGGAGUCACCCAUCUCCCCAUCUGGCUCAGGGGUCUGGGGGGACGAGUGCACCAUCUGCUACGAGAACAUGGUCGAUACCGUCAUUUACUCCUGCGGACACAUGUGUCUCUGCUACCCGUGUGGGCUGAAACUCAAGAAGAUGGCCAACGCCUGCUGCCCGAUCUGCAGACGGGCCAUCAAGGAUAUCAUCAAAACAUAUCGCAGCACUUAGAACAGCAGUAUGGAUGGGGGGGGGGGGGAAACGCCGUGGGGGGGGCAGACGUGAGAGGAGCGAGGGGUCUCUGUCUUCAUUCAUCAUCUGUGAAAUUCAACAUCUGAACCACCCCAAGGAGGCUGGAGGUGGGGAGGGGAGGGUCCUGCUGGUGAUGGCUCUUCCACUCCCCCUUGCCCCCAAUGGGUUCUGAACUCCAGCACAUCAGGGAAGUCAAGAUGAACCUCUCUUUCUAAUGGUUUUACAUUUUAAUCUCAAGAAAACAGCUGGAGCUGUUCUUCCUCUUCUACACCAUGCCCAGGGAUGUCCUUCUCCCCAGUGGACAGCAACUGUAGGCAGCUGGUGAGUGGCAAUAAUCCAGAGAAGAAAGGAGGCCUUUUGGGGGCAAGUGACCCCCCAUCUCACAAAAGCCUCUUAAAAGGGCCGGGCUGCAUGGGCCAUUCAGAAGAGCUGGGUGUCCAGCAGGAGCUCUGGCACAAAGGGUGUGAAAGGGCGAGUCUGGCAGGAGAGAAAUUAUAAAUCCAAACCCUUUUGCUGGUGGCAAAAAAGCUCCCAGUAACCCUGCUCUCUCUUUGCUCUCCUGAGAGCAGUGGCUGGUGAAUGGAAAUCAACGUGUUGAGUGCUUCAUGGGGGGAGAGUGGGCCUGUGGAUUUUUGGUAAUGGAGAAAUGCAUGGUGAGAUGGGGGGGUGGGGGAGCAGAUGGGUGUGCAGCAUGUGGUUCCUGCGAAAGACUCUAGUGUUGGGCAUGGCUCUGCGUGUUGCCUUCCAGCAAGAUGACACCCUCAGGCUUACGUUUGCCCUUCAGCAUCCUUUCCUCACCAGCCGGCUCCCUCCUGCCUGGCUCAUUGUGGCACUGCAUGACUAUAACCCCACUGCACCGACGCUUGCUCCUUAGUUCUCCCUGCCCUUCCCAUCAGCGUUUCACAAGCCAAAAGCCUCUUCCCCCCCACCCCUCACUCAGCACUUGUGAAAAACACUGAGGAAGAAUGUCUACAACCCCCCCUUCCCUCCCCCGCGCUCUUUUUUUUAUGGUAAAGCGUUAAAUGUCUCUAAAGGAAGGAAAGUUGGUUCGUGAUCGCACGCUCUUGGCCACACUGAUGUGGUCAAUGCACUUAGUCAUCAACAAGCGAAAAAAGGAAGAAAGUGGCUUAAAGUGGAUUUUGUUUCUUUGUUUUAAAGAAGGAGCUUCUGAUCACUCAAGGGCUGGGGAGGAGGGAGAGAAGUGGGCUUUGGCUGCUGCUCCUGCCGCCCCUGUUAGUUUCAGAGUGGCCAGAUUCUCUGCAUCCCACCCAUUUUGUGUGUCUAUUUGCGAGUCCUUGUGAGCACUCAGAGUUGUACUGGGCGGCCACCAGGCUCUACCAGGGCUCACUCAGUCCGCAGUCAUCUCAGUUUAGGUCUGUCAGUCCUCCCUGGUCCGCAGCUGCAAUACGAGCAAGGCACGCUGCAUCCCUCUGGGGCUGAGCGUGCCAACCCUUGGUGCCCAUGGAGUUCACGAGGCUCAGCGUGGUGGCAAACUCGAGGCCUAGUGAUUUUGUAUCUAACUGGAGACACUGUAAAGCGUCCUUGUUUUCAGAACGCGACAAGCCCCAUCCGGAAACCAGGCGCCUCUGAACAGACUCGAAUGCGGCACUUCUGAAAAUCUUCGAUGAGGCGCUUGACCUCAGCUAGCUCCCAUUGACUUCAGUGGGAGAUCAAGCAAGGCCCCAGCCUGGUGGGAAGUAUUAGAAGGAGCAAGCCUGCUGCUUUUCAGGAGGCUGCACAGCAGAGAAGGCAAGCAAGAUGUGGCCCAUUUAUUCUAUUUGCGAGUGUUAAUGGCCCCAGAACACACACACCUUGCCCCAGUCUAGCAUUGACAGAUCAUGGGCUCAGUCACCUUGGCCCACAGCUGUAGCUCAUGUACCUCUGCAUGGUCCCUUGGCUGCAACGAGAGCGGGGCCACUGCAGGCCCAGGCCUUUUGCUUUAUGUGCUGGCCUCCUGUGGGCUUUUACUGAAGCAACUUCACAGUCAGUUCUAUUAGACACUGAGAAACCGGUAACCCUGCGGGCAAGAGCAAUUAGGUAUUGGCACAUCAGGCCCCAUGUGCAUUUCAGGGCAUGGGGAUUUCUCCCCACCCUACCCCUAAAAGCAUUGAAAGGGAGAGUCUUUGUUGUAUGCAGGGAAGUGGCUCUGCUCAGUAACAAAUGAUGCUGAUUUGCUAAAAAACAUGAGCAAAGCGCUGCUGCUCCCCAUGGCGCCACCGCCCACCCUGCAUGCUUUUCAUGAGUGCAACUUACUUUUCAGCGCUGCUCGCGGGAGGAAGCCUGUGGCUGACGUAGACCCAGACUGCAACAGGGCGCUCACGUUUGUAAGUAGCUGAAAGUGUUGAAGAUGAACAAAUAGCCUCUGUCUGCCCUAAGUACCACGGCCCAGCUCCUCCGCUCUUGCUAAACUGACUGAUACCAGCUGAUCCUUACAGCGAGCCAUGAGAGCUUUUUGUGGGCCCUGUUGCUUUACAAAGCCAGCACGUUCUUCACAGCAGCCAGCAAGCCCACUCCUGCAUGCCAAACUUGGGCAAAACUCACAUGCUCGCAGGAACCGCAGGCUCAGACACCUGUAAGGAGCAAAUGGGGGGACAUGUUGAUGAUGAGCUGGGGGGGGGGGGCGUGUUACAUAAAACUAGUUUGGUUUUUGCUUUUCCUUGUAAGACAUCACCAGCUGGCUGGUGGGGAAGGUGGAAUGUGAAUUGAGAAGGGAAAAAAAAAGAUCCUAUCAAAAGCAUAAUGAAAUUAAUACCUAAUUAUUUUCCCCAUGAAGUACUGUAGCACUGUAAGCAUCUACCCCUGCCCCCGCAGCAGCUGACUAGCGCCCCCGCCCCCACACCCAGCUGAUGCAGGUGUAUCAGCAGCCCUCAUGGUGUGCAGCAAACAAUCCUCUUGUGCCAGUAGAUUUUUGCCAAUAGUCCCAAAUACUGUAUUUGUUUCUAUAUUGUAGAUUUUAAUAUAUAAAUAGAGUUAUGGCGCUGGAAUUAAUUCCCCUGCCACUCCUGCAGCAUCCUCACCGACAGCCGGCUGUGGAAAGGAGCAACUCAGUGCAGAGGCAGCCUUCUGCCGAUUUUCUUAAUAAAAGUUAUCUUGAUUCUGCUACUGUGCAUGGAAAGCCGCUGCAUCCCCAGGGAUUGGUUUAGCCGGAGAAUGCAUUUUUAAAGCAUCACUUUUAAGAGGGAUGGUCUUGUGACAUAAGAUGGGUGGCGCCUAACCCCCUUGGGGGAAUCUCAGCUGAGCCCCAACUUCAGCAGCCACCUUGGGCUUACAGAGCAUGUAGUUCCUACAUUUUAAUUCUUACAGCACCUGAAAUGCCCACAGUCCUGCCCACCACAUUACCACCCAGGGCUAGAACCGCCGACUGUACUCCUGUGAAACAGCCCUUUGAAGUCAUGGGGAUCAGACGGGCCUUGUGUGAGCUUUGCAGGCGUGGACUCCAAACUCAGCAGGGCUAGCAUACGGGCGACCAAGUGCAAACACUGUUGGCUUUCAAUGAAAAUGAUCACUGACUUGCCCAAACACUCAGAGCAGAGGGACAGCUACAAGGUUUACACCAGCUGCUGGCCCUAACCUUGCAGCCCCCCUGCCCCGCACCAGAGGUGUAGAGCUGAGAGAGUAAGGAAUCGGGAAGAAACAUUGGGGGGGGGGGGGGGGGAAGCAGGGAAAUUAGCACAUAUAUAUAAAGCCAACGCAGUCAGCAUCAUCCUCACGCCAUCUGUCCAGGCUAGGCUGGUUAAUGGCUACAUCGUGACUUUUAAAGAAGGGACAAACAGGGAUAAGAGUGGUCAUGUGGCACUGUACCAGCCCUAACUGACUUACGUGUGUUUGAAUGUAAUAAAAUGUGUUUGUUUUACUGUGGAUCAAACGCCAGGUGUUAGCAGAAGCUUUGUCAAGUAGGCUGGGGAGUUAGAAUAGGGCUACACUAAGCCUGGACGCAGGUUCAAGUUUGAGCCCAAGUGCCCUUCUGCCAACAUUCAAAUCAGCCUGACUCAGAUCAGGAAGCACUAGGGUUCCCAACUUUCUAGUUGCACAAAACUUGAACAUCCUAGCCCCUUCCCCAAGUCCCUGCCCCCCCCACUCACUACAUUCCCCCACCCUCACUGGGCUCUGGCAGGGGUUUGGGGUGCAGGAGCAUAGGCUUACCUCAGGCAGCUCAUAGUCAGCAGCGGGGUGGAGGGGGGGCUAAGGCAGGCUGCGUGCCUGGCCUGGCACCGCGCUGCACGUGCCCUGGAAGCAGCCAGGAGGUCCGGGUCCUAGGCUAGGGGACCAGGAGGCUCCACAUGCUGCUCUUGCCUGCAGGUAUGGUGCCCCCCACCCCCAGCUCCCAUUCGGAGCCAGUACUGGGGGCAGGGGCAAUGCCCAGAGCCCCCUGGCUCUCCCACCUAGGAGCCGGACCUGUCCUUCUGGCUGCUUCUGGGACACAGCGCGGUGCCACCCAGGACAGGUACAGACUAGCCUGCCUUAGCACCACAGACCGGGCGUUUAACAGCCCAUUCAGUGGUGCUGACCGGAGCCACCAGUGUCCCUUUUCGACAGGGUGUGCUGAUCGAAAACCAGAGACCUGGUCACCCUAGGAUGGACUCAGUCCCCUGCUAGGAGAGCAGGUCAGAGCCCCAGUACUGCUGUGACUCAGGGCCAAACCCUGUCAUUUUGCAGUGUGGUCACAGCUCAAGCCAAGUUAUGUGGUCUGUACAGGGCAACAGGAAUGCAAUAGCACGGCUGAGAGACCUGGGGCCGGCACUUGUAAACUCAGCUUAAUGCUGCAGUGUGAGUGCUGACUCAUAGGCUUGGAAACACGGCAUCCAUGAGCCUGGGUGGCACAGCCCUGGGCUGUAGUAUGCCAAGCAGCCAUGCCACUGGGGGGGUGGCGGCUCUUCUUCCUGGUGUAGUUUGGCUAAUGCCACAGUAGAAGCACGGUCCGGCCCAGGGAGCUGCAGGGCUGGGCUUGCUGUGAGCAGAAGCAGUAACAAAACAAAACUAACUUUUGUUGGAUUGGUGUUGGUUCCAAUAUGUGCUGGUGUCAGCUCCAUUUCCUUGUUUUAUUUUACAAUGGUUUGUGUUCUAGCAGAAAAAUCCAUUCUGUGAAAAUUGGAUAACUGUGAUUGUGAAUAAAGGUGAUUUUAGGUAUCCCACAGCAGUGUAAGGGCGCAGUUAUUGACCAUCGGCUUGGAGUACAUGCAGCCAAAACGACAAGUUCUACCCACCUUAUUUACACACAUCGGAGCCCGAUCAGCUGGAUUUAUAGGGCCUGAGGCUCUAGUUCCUUACCCCCCAUGCAAAGGGGUGGUAAAAUACUGCUGAGCACACUAUUUCAGCCCUAGCCUGCCAAGGCAUAAGGGCUGCAGCCUUCCCCUCUUCUCUCCC